UUUACAAGCGCUGAUGUAAACACAGAAGACGGUUUCCGAAGCCUAGUCCUGUUUAAUCGUCUGGUUGUUUUUCUGAAGCGUGUUAAUCGUGUGUAGUCAUCUAUGCAGCGGCUCGGACGCCGGUAUUAAGGCGCCAUGGACUUGUACAUCAACCUGAAGGUGAAUUUUCGGGGCAACACGAAGAGUUUCUUGCUGUCCGGCUCCGAGACGAAGAGCUGGGAGUCUAUGGAGGCCACGGUGAAGAGAUCUUUCGGCUUGUGCAGUCUACAGCUGACGUACUUCGAUGAGGAAAACGAAGAGGUGUCUGUCAACAGCCAGCUGGAGUAUGAAGAGGCUCUAAAGAGCGCAGCGCGGCAGGGCAACAGGCUGCAGAUGAACGUGUAUGAGAGCAGAGGGACGACCGGACGAGUUCCCGGUCCCGUCCCAGGCCCGGGUUUGUCCCAGGUGAAGUCCGGAAGCCUGACGGAGCCGAAGAAAGGAUUCCGGCCUCCUCAGCACUGCCCGAGCCUGGCACAGGCGGUGAGCCGAAAAGUUCAGGCUGCUGUGCCCGAGGAGGGUUUAGUGACUCUUAAUGAGCUAAAGGGCGGUAAAGCAGAGGAUAAGACGCCUCCAGCCUGGUUCACCUCCUACAUGGAGAAGUUUAAGGAUCAGGUGGUUCGUGAGGCUGUGGAGAAGAUCUGCAGGGAGUUUUCAGGCCAGUGCUGCAUCCAUAAACCCCUGGGAGCCGAGGCUCAGGUGUCCGAGGUCUCCUCCUCCACGCUGCCUGGAGCUCCGAGCUCGGCUCCGGCCUGCAGCAGCUGCAGAGGACAGACGGCGGGCGGAGGAUACCAGUGCAGUGUGUGCACAUCCUGCACCCUGUGUGAGCCGUGUAGCUUCUCACACGACCCGAGCCACAACCUGGUGAGAGCUCGAACACCUCUCUCCAUCCCCGAACGCGGCUCUCCAGCUCCGGAUCAGAGCAGGUUCUACAGACGGGGAGACCGCAGCUUUCGCAAGGCCGAGAAACAGCGCUUGAAGGCGGAGAAGCGGCAGCUGAAGGCGGAGGUGAAGGAGAUCAGGAAACAGCUGAGGAUGGAGAGGAGGAGUCUGCAGUGGGGCUGUGCGGGAGACGGAAACUCCUCUCCUGUGCUGCUACAGCCACGAGCCACGCAGGCCAACAGCCCCGAGCGUCCUAAGCGUCCGUGUCCUCUAGCUGUCCCUGCGAUGACGGCGCUGCUGCUGGACGAAAAUCUGCCGGACGGAUCACGCCUGAGGCCUGGGACCAAAUUCAUUAAAUACUGGAAGAUGAAGAACAGCGGCACAAUGAGCUGGAACUCGGACACCAAACUGAAGUUCAUGUGGGGGAAUCUGGCCGUAGGUUCGGGGGAGAGGUGGAGGGAGGUGUCGGUGCCCACACUGCAACCAGGUCAGGUGGGAUUAGUCAGCGUGGCUCUGUGUGCUCCCACCCUGGAGGGCACCUACACCUCACACUGGCGCCUGGCGCAUGGAGGAGAGCAGUUCGGGCCGCGGGUUUGGUGCAGCAUCGUUGUGGAUCCCGACGCUCCGACUGCCAUCUCCGCUGACGGCCUGCUGGUGUCUCCGUGUGUCACUCCUCAGGAGAAAUCAGCUCGGACUUUAGAGAGGGAGGAGAAAAACCGCACGGCGUCCCGGGAGCCGCUGCUCAUCACCGUGGAUCAGGACUGCGAUCAGGAGUUUUACAUUCCGUCUGUGGAUCUGCUGACAGCACAGGACUUGCUGUCAUUUGAGCUUCUGGACAUUAACAUAGUGCAGGAGUUGGAGAGCGUUCCCAACAACACUCCCGCAGGUAACACUCCCUCAGAUAUCACUCCGUGCAUUUCUCCUCUGCCCCAUGAUGCACUGCUGCAGGACAAAACUCCUCCAGGGCUCAUUCAGGAGGAAGCUGGAGAGGAAGCCCAAGCAGUCAAUAGCAUUCUGGACGUUGCUCAGGCUCCAGAGUUAGGAGGAGUUCCCGCCCAAGAGAAAGGAGAGGAGGACGUGAUUGGCCGUCAGUUUGUGAGUGAGUCUGUGAUUCGUUCCCUCACGCUCGGGGGAGUGUUAGAUCACGGCAUCCUGCAUGGGAGAGUCACCACCACUGUGUUGCGUCCAGCACCGCAGGGCUCCGUGUCUCUCUGUGAGAGGAGGAUGGACAGAAUGUCAGAAAGCGCUGAUGUUCCGCUCUCAGAUCCACCUAAAGCCGAGCCGGAGGAACUUCCGGAUCCUUCUCCUCUCAUCUCCAUUCCUGCUGAACACAUCACUGCAGAUGAAGGGAACGAGUCAGAUAUCGAGCGAAUCGUUGUGGAUCCUACUGCUGGAGGCGAGCAGUUUGAGGAGGAAGAGGACCCCGAGGAGAGGAAGAGGAAUAAGAAGGAGGUGGAGAAGGAGAAAAAGAAAGCGAAAGAUGCAGAAGAGGGUAAAGAGAGUCGCAGCAGGACGUCGUCCGCCUCCUCGGAGGAUUACAUCAUCAUCCUGCCCGACUGUUUCGACACGACCCGUCCUCUCGGAGAGUCCAUGUACAGCUCGGCUGUGUCCCAGCAGGGAGACGAGAGCCCAGAGCGUGUUCGCGCAGACGCUAACGACAUGCUGUGCGCAUCGCAGACUCUGGAUUCGGUGCCGCUCACUCCUGUGAUCGUAGCUGCGCCCAGACCUUCAGCCAAGUCCAGCUCAGAGACGGAGGAGCAGCUCGGAGCAGCAGAGAUGCCACAGGAGGAGGAGCUAAAUCAGCCUGGAGGCAAAGAGGAGGAGGAGCCAGAAGAUAAUGAUUCUGCAUCCAGUCCAUCAGACACGGCGAACUCUUGCACUGCUGCUGACUCGGAGAUCCAGGAGCUGAAAGCGAACAGUAUAACAGGAGGUCUGGUGAAGGGCGCUCUGUCCGUGGCAGCCUCUGCGUAUAAGGCUCUGUUUACUGGACAGUCCGGCCCUGAGCAGCUUCCUGAAGAAGCAGCCACUCAGGAUGCCAUGAUGGCCGUCCUGGUAGAGAUGGGCUUCGCUGAUCGGGCGCUGAAUCAGCGUUUGCUGCAAAAACACGGCCCGAACCUCCUGGACGUCGUAAACGAACUCGUGCACAUGCAGGACAACGACUGGUACACCACCCGCUACUGACACACUCGCAUAAUCUACUUCCUCUUUUCUCCUCGUCUCUUCUUCUGUGUGUGUGUGUGUGUGUGUGUGUGUGUGAGAGAGAGAGAGAGAGAGAGAGAGAGAGAGAGAGAGAGAGACAGACAGACGUGGACUAGGAUCCAGUCUGGAGUGUUUCUGUGGGCCAUUUUAGGGAAACAGGGAUCAAAUCCAGAUUAGAGAACUCAUGAGAAUUCCUCUUCAGCAUUCCCAGUGUUUGUCAGAGUGAAUUGAUAAAAUGCGUUUACGUUCGUGUCGUUAUAGGAAUCGUUGUUAGACUGGCGGUCAAAAGUUUUUGGACACCUUGCAAAUUUUUUUUUUUUAAACAUUUUCAGAGCAAUGUUCUAGAGCUGUGCGAGAGAUAGGGACAAACGUUGAUACAGAGAACACAGAGUGUACUUAAGAAGACGUAGACCUGUGCUGUUGUAGAAGUGCUCAUUUUUUACUUUAUUUUUUUUUUCUGUAAUAUUUUGUUUCUCUUCACAUUCCACCAGCUUCAAUAAAAUAUCUGCUCAGGCAGAGGAGGACAAAUCAUUAAGUUAUUAGCAAGGAAAAGGUCCAAAGUUUGGUAAAUGUUUUCAGGAAAAAUCAGGAACAAGUCUCAAAAAGCUGUGCAGUUUAAUAAAAAAACUUGAAGAGGUCUAGAAAAAUCUGGAACAAGGUCUCGGAAUUUUUCUGGACAAAAGUCUGGAUUGGAAAGCAGUCUUAAACUCUGGAAUUUUUCUGGACAAAAGUCUGGAAUUAAAAAAAAAAUAAUAAUUUGGAACAAGUCUCCAAAAGGUGUGGAGUUUAAUAAAAUUAUCUGGAAUAAGUCGUUAAAAAGGUCUGGAGUUUUUAUAAAAAAAAAAAAAAAGAUGAUCUGGAACAUGUCAAGGUCUGGAAUUAAAAAACUGGCACAAUUCUGGAAAAAGUGUAGAAUUGAAAAAGUAUUUUGGAAAAAUUACCAGAAAGGAUUGGAAAAAAUACAAACCUGGAACAAAUUUCUAGAGUCUGGAGUUUAAUAAAAGAUAACCUGGAAUAAAUCUUAAAAAGGUCUGGAAUUUUAUAAAAUAAUGGAACAAUCCUGGAAAAAGUCUACAAUAAAAAUCAUUUGGAACAAGUCUAAUGUAAACACAAGCUUUAGUGUUUAAAAAUAAUAAGACUCAAAAAGGUCUCGAAAUGAAAAAGUACUGGAGAAAUUCUGGGAUUAAAAACGAUUCUGGAAGAAUUUUGAAAUAUGUUUUUCUGGGAAAAAAUUAAAAUAAUUUAAAUAAAAAAAUAAAUAAUUAAAAAAAAUUGAAUAAAAAAAAUAAUAAUUUUGAAGAAAUCUCAGAAAGUGUUUUUUUUUUUUUUUUUUUUUUUUUUUUUUUUUAAAUCGCACAAAGACUUAAACUUGGUGUCCUCAAACUUUUGCCAGUCCGUAACUGUAGUUAAUUUAUUAGAAGGAAACCAUAAUGCAAAAAAAGUGAUAUAAUCAUGACAAUGCAUGAAACCGGCUGAAAGUGAAACGUUUCACAGAGAAAAUGCUGAAUUGUUACGUGUGUUACUACUGACUUUUAGGUUAUUUAUAAAUAGUUGUAGUGUUCCUGCUUGUAGCUUUUUGCGUCUGAAGUGUGUGGGUUUUAUUCUCUGAGAGAGAGAGAGAGAGAGAGAGAACAUGGAGUUCGAUGUGCAAUAGAAGGGCUGGGUGUGAAAUGUGGCUUUAACUUUAUCGAAGGGCGCGGACUUCGCCACGUGACGGUGAAAUCUGCAUGACUUUUAAGUUGAGGAAUGUACUAAACUUUUUUUUGGGAUGCAGCGAUACCAUUUUUUUCAGCAGGAGUGCAUGUUUUUUGGUAUUCAUCAGUACUGAUACGGAAAUAAACACUUAGUAUUAAUCAAUCACGGACGUCAUGGAAUCAGCUUAUUUAGCUCCGUUUCUGUUUCCCUGGUUUCAGUAGAGUCCAUCAUGAGUGUACAUGUGUGUGUUUAUGCACUUAGGCUACUAGAGUCGUUCUUUAUAAUGUCCGUGAGUUGAUUUUCAUAUCAAAUGAAGUGCUUUAGCUAGCUACAUUAGUUAGCCUGCAUCGAGUAGGAUUGCAGAAAAUAGCAGCUUUGUGUCUUCAUUCCGUCAGAAUUCUUUUUUUUUUUUUUGAAUAUUUUUUAUUUUAAUUUUCGUUUUUUCCUCACAUAGCCAGGGUUCACUGCUAGUGAUGAACUCCUCGUAGGAAGACGCUGUAGUUCCUCCUCUUGAUGUUUUGACGAGGAGUUUGCUUUACUUUGAUUAUUAAUUGUAAAAUACGUCCAGAUCGCUGUCAUUAAGCUUAAUCCGUUUAUUAGUCACGCUGUAUGAGAGCAUUUUUUACAACUUUUAGAGCUCAGUAAAUGAGUAUUGGUAUCGAUGCAUCCCUGAUUUUUGUUGUUGUUGUUGUUGUUGUUGUUCAUGGAUUUAAAAAAUGCACUUGAAGAUCGGCUGUGUUUGCUGAUCCUCAAUCAGAACUUAUUAUAGUCUUAAAACGAAUUCGGAUAAUAAUGAUGAUGAUGAUGAUGAUGAUGUGGCAUCUGCAGUGUGUAAUUUAAAAUGUGUUGCUUUAAAAAUUCUAUGGUUGAUCUUAAAACUAAGGAAUGAUAAGUACUGUAUCAUGCUGUGAACCAUUUCGCAUUAUAUAAUUAAUAUAUAAGGAAAAUGAUUAACAACUUGAGUGGCAAUCAUAAAAUAUCUACACGUGAUGUUAAACAUUGUAGAAAUGCUUGUAGUGAAGAAGCAAAAAAAAAACCAAACAAAAAAAGCCUUGUGGAAAUGAUCUAUAUUUUGAUAAUUCAAUUUCCCUUGUACUUGAUAACGUACAAUCUAAACGCACCUUAAGGGAAUUUUCUGUAGCUCGAUCCGAAUCCAAAAAGCGUUCCACGUUAAUGCUGUGUGAAUUAUUUCCGACUUCCUGACGUAUUGGAGAAUCUCAUGCUUGUCAGAAUGGGUGUAAAUACUUUUACUUUCAUGGUCUGUAAGUACACAAAGUGUACAUUUAUAUUUACAAGUUUAACUUACUCUAAUUAUUAGAAGUUUCCUUUUUUUUUUCUGCGAAGACAUCCCCUAAUUUCUUCCACUGAUUCUGCACCUCUCUCUGGUGCUUUUAGGAGUCAUUAGAAAUGAAAAAAUGACCAAAAAGACGUGGACCAUGUGCUUCGUUUAUUUAUUAAAGUGGAAAAGUUUUCUGCUUGCACCGUGACGAGUGGAAAGCAGCGCCGUGAAUCAACUCAUGCUGUUCUUUAUGUAACACACACCUGCUGUAUGAAUCUGUCUGUAAUAAACAGUCAUAAAUAAAUAAA